CUAUUGCCUAUUGGAAUUUUCUGGGCAACUAGUCGCAAACAGUGUGCAGACCUUGUUUAAGGUCACGUUUCAUGCGACGACAUCCCGCAUAUCCUUGUACUUUAGAAGCUAUCCAAGCUGUGUCCCAAGCCGUGUUUCCCGCCUAAGGCACCAUCCGCUGUUAUUUUACGGCUCGGUUCCGAAAGCGGGCGCUUGCGCGUCCUUCCGACGUCCGGAUGUCGACGCAAAUCCCACCGGAGCUUGCGGAGCGCAUCUUCGCCUAUCUGCCUCCCAACGACAUUGCUUGCACUGCGCGACUAGUUAACAAAGCCGCAGCUGCGCAUUUUUCUGGCCCUCAAUACACGGUCGUGCGCUUAUCGCUACCAGUUCCAGAGCAUGCCUUCAAGCACCACUGGGGACGGCCGGACGCCACGCGGGGUCUAAUUUGGGACCAGCGGGUCACGCUGGUGCGCCUGACAGCCCGCAGCGGCUGCAUCGCAAACCUGGAACUAGCGCUUGACAGCACAGAGCUACCCAUAUCUUCGUCACCCUCGUGCCAACAUGCGCGAAGGCUGUUUGAAGUUGCUGCUGCUGCGGGGCAGCUGGAGGUGUGUCAGUGGCUGCAGCAGCGCGGCUGCGACUCAAGCUUAGCCCUGUCAGCUGCUGCAGAGGCAGGGCAGCGAGCCGUCUGUGAGUGGGGCCUGGCCGCCGGCUGGCCCCUGACCGAUCUUGCAGUGUACGCAGCAGCUCGCGGGGGUCAGGUGGGGCUGUUGGAGUGGCUGCUGCAGCUGUGGCCCCAGGACCGGCCACCCGUAAAUGCUGGAACCCUGUUGGAGUCUGCCGCCCAGGGUUGUGAGCUGGGCGUCCUGAAGGACCUCUGGGAGCAGCACGGCGAGCGGUUGCAAGGAUGGGAAACGCUGGACAUCAUGGAAGGAGCCGCCUGCAGCCUCACACCCGACUGGCAGGCCAAGGUGGAGUGGCUGGAGGAGCAUGGGGCCAUAAAGACACACUACAUUUGCGAUCGGGCGACCAUCUGCCCGGAUGCCGGGGAGCGACUGAGGUGGCUGCAUGCACGUGGCUACCCGAUCACCGCUCACCAAACGUACCUGGCAAUGAAGCACAACAACCUGGAAGCGCUGCGGUACCUGUUACAACAGGGCAUCAGGCCUUCUGGCAGGGGCGCUGCCAACGGGGCUGCCUACAGCGGCAAUGUUGCUGCUUUGGAGCUGCUGUGCUACCCAGCAGAUGAGGUACAGCUGCGGGUGGCAGCACAGGGCGGACACAUGCCAGCCGUGAUUUCGCUGAUGAGAAGGAUGGGACGAAAUGCGCCAGUAGAGCUGUGGGGCGAUGAAGAGGUGCAGCGGCUGUUGAGCGUUGAGCUUUUCGACGCAGCUGCCAAAUCAGGCAACAUGGAGCUGAUGAGGUGGCUGAGGCAGCGGGGCUGCCCCUGGGGCCCUGGGGCGGUCCACGGGGCCGCUGCAGCGGGCUGGGUGGAGGGGCUGGAGUGGCUGGUGGAGCAGGGCUGCCCCAUGCCGGAGAGCGGUAGCCCGUACAAAGAGGCUGCUGCCGACAGCGACAUGGCCACGCUGCGCUGCCUGCGGCGGCUGGGCUGCCCCUGGGGACCGCAUGGGAAGGUGUUCAUGAACUGCAUUGGACAAUGCGAGCCGUCUGUGCUGCAGUUCCUGCUGGACGAGGGGUGUCCAGUGGACUGGGUGGCAGCCGUGCAGACGCUGGCAAAGUGGCUUGCAGGCAGUGCACGAGGAGCGCAGGAGCGGUGGGAGUGGCUGCGAGCCAGCAGCGGGGAGGUGUGGUGGCGGCAGGAGGGGUACACGUCGGUGGAUGCGGCCCUGCAGGCGGCGCUGGAGAAGGCCAGGGGGGAGGAGGAAUGAACCGCUGAAGUUAACGCGGAUGGAGGCAGGGGAUGGAGAAGAGGGGGGCAUGGGGUUGCUGGAGGAGCAGGGAGGUAGCGGGUGGAUGGAAAAUUAUAAAACAGAAGUGCAGCAACUGGAGUCCCAGGGUGGUGAAGGCGAGGAAGGUGCAUAAGGAUUAGAAGUAUAGAAUAGAGUAAGUUUCAGCUUGCUGGGAGGUGCUCGGGUGCCGAGGGGUCGACCGGUGUGACAGAGAGUGAACAACUUGUCGAGGGGGACGCCUGCUGGCUGGGAACGUCGAAGCAAUACCGUGGUGGAGGAGCCCUCCUGCGGAACAGGUGCAGCUCCGUAAUGAGGCCCCACCUGUCCAGCACUUUUGCAAGCACCGUAAUGGCAAGGAACGAG